AUGGUAACAGCAAUAAUCAAGAGGCUAUAUGUGGAUAUUCCCCGCUCUAUGCCCCAAUUGACCAAUAGCGAGAUUCCUCCAAAACCGCCUGCUGCUCCUAAGUUGAUACAGUCAGCUCAAGACGACCCCAUCAUGAAGGACCUUCUGAAGUUGACACCACACGGAGCCGUCGUUGUUACUGAACCUAAAAAGCAACAACAACAACAACAGCAGCAACAACAACAACCGAAGCAUACAAGUAUCAACUAUUAUUCGUUCCAGCUUUUGGAACUCCUUUACCUAUUGAGCGACGAACCUGAUUUGGACGAGAACCAUAGAAUAUCGGCGGAGGCCAGUCUAUUUGAAUUGACUUCAUACAUACCAGAGCCAUUUGAACUCUCCACAAUCGAUCCAUCUCUGCACGCAGCUCCACCAGCUAUAUACCCCAACGAGCAAAUCUCAAAAAUACUCAUUGACAACUAUUCUCAGUUGUUGAAGUUUUCAUCUACAUAUUUUAAUUUAUCAUUAGCAUCUCACAUCACAAAAUACCUCGUGGAAGUCAUAUAUUCAUUGCAAUACUGGGAAAUAUAUCAUUUGUUGUACUUGUUACCGGACUUGGAGUAUUUCUUGAAGCUUGUGGAUAUCAAAGUUAUUCAAACGCCAUUUGGCCCUUUAGUCCAACCGCCUGCGAACUAUUUAAAGGAGAGUAUGAGUCAAGGUUUCGAUUAUCCCUUUCCAUAUCCCUUCUAUAACUACCUGUACCAUUCAAUGCAGGACGAUGAAGUGAAGAAGAGGAAAUUGUCCAAAGUCCACAUUAAGCCAUACAUUGACAUUACUUUGAAGAACACUGACCAACCUCCUGUGAGGAAGAAGAGAGCUAUCGAAGCGAAGGAAGCUAAAGAACAGAAACAAUCCUCUGUUCCGUCUAGUGCAGGGACAAUAUUCGACACCACUAGAAAAAAUCGUUCUGUUAGCCAAUUUCAAGAUGAAAACAAUUCUACAGACUAUAGUGACAGUGAUGAGGAAGGGAGCGGAGUAGCCAAGGCAAAUCGUAGCCACAGUAAGGGUAGAAUGGAUAUGUCCAAUUUGGAAUUAGGAGAAGUGGAUGACGACCCAGACAAACGGACAGCACAGAGAAAUAAAUCUGGUGUGAUACACCAAUGUCAUUUGAUGGACCCUAAUUCCUUGCAGCCAUGUCUUAAGAUCUUUUAUGGAAAGAAUGAAUUGCUCAGACAUCAGGAAUUUGUCCAUGCGACCAAGAAAAAGAUUUACAAGUGCAUUUACUGUACUAGGAAUGGCACGAAGGUACUGAGUUACCCUCGUCAUGAUUCGUUGGCAAGACAUAUCAGAAGAAAGCAUGGAAUAACAGGUAAAGAGAAUAAGAUGGCAGUCAAUUAUGCAAAGGAAAAUGUUGAAAUAAUCGAUGAUCCAGGCAAAUUAGCGCAAGCACAAGCGCAUGCAUUACAGGAGCUGAGAGAACAGGAGCAAAAUGAACAAAGGAUGCAAAGAGAAGGAGGUAGAAUAGAAAGAGAUGAAGAUGCGGACAAGGGUGAGGAGCAUAAUAAUCAAUACCUUAUUCCUAGUUCAUCUCCAAGGAUUAAUUCAAACAGUCUAACUCCAAUUCCAAAUCUGGGUUCAGUUCCAGUGAACAGAGUGCCAUCUAUCACAGCAACAUCUACAAUUCCACCUCCAGGAACUGCUUCUACCGAACCUGCUCGAAUUAUUAGUACAACGACAGUGCCUAGUAGCAGCGUACAUCUGCAAACAGACAGGGGGUCAGUAUCCAUACAGGAGCAACACCCACAUUACCUCAAUUCAAAUUUCACAUUGAAACCAGAGUAUGCAGCUGGCUUCUUGCAAUUUAAUUCUAAAACGGAAGGACAAGAACCUUCUGCGACAGUUCCAAGUACAGCAUCAGGCGCUGUUGUCUUACCACCACCGUCAGCUUCCAUCCCAGGAAUAUCUCAGGCUGCCAGCACGUCUCCCAUUCCGCACCACUUGCCUAUCCCUAGUGGAAAUCGUAGAUAUUCUAAGAAUUCGGAUCAUGAAGUAACGGAACCGAUUGUCAAUGUUGAUAGAGUUAAUUUCAAUAAACCAGAGAGUUCCGCUUUGAAAGAAAAUUUUCAAAAGUUCAGAUUAUCUAGCACACCUGGAAACAUACUUCAGGGUGUGAUUCCUACUAGGUUUGGUGGGAGCCCACCAAAUAUCAAGAGUUCUAUGUCAAUCUCGUAUUUGAAUAGUCAAAACGAAGACAAGGGCAAGACAAGACUUCCUGGAAUAAAUGCGUAUUUGAAUCAAGACUGGGAUAGAGAGCAGGAGAGAGAAAGAGAAAGAGAACUGCAACAGAUCAUAUCUCAACAUCACGGAUCACCUUCAAAUUUCCACCAAAUGCAACAACCAAUGCAUAUGCAGCCUCUCCAGCUCCAACCAGGACCACACCACAUGCAAAUCUUACAAAACCUGCAACGAAUUCAAAUGCAACUUCACCAGCAGAAGCCCUCGCAUCAGCUGCAGCAGGACCAACAGCAACAGCAACAACAACAACAACAACAGCAACAACAGCAACAACAACAACAGCAGCAACAGCAACAACAGCAACAACAGCAGCAACAACAACAGCAGCAACAGCAACAACAGCAACAACAACAGCAACAACAAUCUCCAAUCCAAUACCAUUUACAGCAUCAUAUGCGCCCACAAUACCCUCCACCUCCUCGUUGA